AUGGCAAUGAACUUUGGCAUUCAGACGAAGGUAGCCAAAAAGAUGCACCAUGUCCAAUUUGGUAAAGCAUGUUCAAAUUUCGGCGUGCGCAAUUUCAUGGCCUUUGGAGAAAAACUGAGGCCUCAGUUUUUGCACCUAGGUGCAAAAGACGAUUUUUGGCUACGACUGUGCUCUAAAUGUGACUCAAAUAUUUUUUACUGUCCAUUUCGCGCUUUAUUCCUGCAUUAUAAAUUUGUUUUAACCCAAUAUUUCCAGUGAUGAAAUUCCUCUCGGUUCCAUUGCUACUAUCUGUACUAUCCGCCUUACUCCUUGUAACGGUACGUAAUAUUUACUCGUUUUUCUGGGAAGUACUUUUACGGGAUGGAUUUCUUUUGGAAGACAAGCUCCUCCGUCAAGAGUCUGACUCAUUUCCGAUAAGAGGAUGGUUUUCCGUCCUAAUCUAAUUGGUUAUCCACCUCAAGAAUUCCCUAUCGUACAGCUCUUUAUAUUUUGGGUUGACUCAAGUUAUUUUUAGAAAGGAGAUAAAAAAAGAAUUACACCAUUUUGUAAUUAAAUCAUCCCCAAAUAGGUUGGAAUGGAAAUAACUUCGUCAUGAGGACAAACUUUCCACAUUUAUAAAGGUUUUUGAAUCUGGUUGACGGAUAUAUUAGAUCACUAAUUACAGGCCCGACCCUACGAAUCUCAGGUGUAUUAUAUAGUCGACUUGUCGGACGACGUCGUGCCGUUUCUUCCGGAUAAUACAAUCUCCAAACGUGCUGUAAAAAGGGAAAAGAUCGUGAUGGAUUCACUUGGCGGAGAUUAUCUUGUCCGUAAAAGAAAUUAUUUGUAA